GACAUCAAAGGGCAAAAUGCAACAUGGGCAAGAAAGAGUUUAAAUUAUGGUUUUUUUUAUUAUUUGACUGUUUUAAGUAAUUAAACUAAUGAACACAGAAACCAACUUAAACGGGUUAAGCUCAUAGACUGGAGAAUGGCUUAAUAAUAAGCCUGUAUUUACGGUAGUUCUAGAGUUGAAAAAGUUUCACUAUUAACAACAGAAUGGGACAUCAACGAUUUAAGGUGACAUGCACCUUGUGGUCUAAUAUCAAUCGACUGAACCAGGAAUCGAGACCAAAAUUGAAGAGGCACUUCGCUACAAGUGGCGAGACUAUUCCGACUCAAGCGCAAGUUGUCAUAUGCGGCGCAGGGGCUGUAGCCAAUUCUGUAGCUUAUCACCUCACCGAAAAUGGAUGGAAAGAUGUUAUUUUACUGGAGAAGGGAAGAUUAUGCAGCGGAACAUCCCACUUCGGAUCAGGAACUCUGGGACUCUUCAAACCAAUCGCCGAAAGAAAUAUCAUUAUGUACAGCAUCAAGUUAUACAGACAGAUCCAGGAGAAAGGCUACGAUAUAGGUUUUGUUCAAUGUGGAAGUUUAAAUUUAGCACAGACAAGAGAUCGAAUGAUUUAUUUGAAGAGAAGAAUGGCCUACAACCUACCAACGGGUUUACAUUGUGAGUUGCUGGGAAAAAACGAGACUCGCCAACUGCAUCCGCUGCUAAACACUGAUGAUAUAGAAGGCAGUGUGUGGGUACCUGAGGAUGCUGUGGCCAAACCACAGGAAAUAUGCAAGGCGCUUGUCAAACUGUCCAAACAAGGAGGUGCUCGAUUUUUCGAGAACUGCACUGUUGAAAGAGUGCUGACUGAGAAUGACAGAGUGUACGCAAUCAAGACUAAUCGCGGAGUUGUCAGAUGUGAAUACUUUGUCAACUGUGCUGGCAUGUGGGCCCGCGAACUGGGCGAACGGUGCGAGCCGAAAGUGCGAGUGCCAGCCUACCCGGCGCAACACUUUUACGUAACCACCGAACCGCUGGCCGAGGUGGUGGGGAGUGGAGCUGGAGCAGGGGGGGAGCAUGACCACAUGUUGCCCUGUGUGAGGGACUACGAUGCGGCCAUCUACGCCAGGCAGCUGGGAGGGGGAAUCAUGGUGGGGGGAUUUGAGCUGGAGGCCAAACCGGCAUUCGCCAGUGAGAAGAUACCGCAAGACUGGAAGAGUCAGUUGCCGCAAGACUGGAAGCAUUUCGGACCUUACUGGGAAAAAGCCAUGAACCGAAUACCAGCCCUGAGAGGCUGCACCAAUCCAGUCCUCACAAAUUCCCCCGACAAUUUCACUCCAAAUGGCAAGUGGAUCCUGGGUGAAACACCUGAAGUGGGCAACUACUUUGUGGCGGUGGGCAUGAACGGGAACUCGCUGCAGGGUGCGGGGGGCAUCGGGAAGGCAGUGGCCGACUGGGUGGUGCAGGGGGAGCCCACUCAGGAGCUGCUGCCCUUCGACGUGCAGCGUUUCCUAGAUCUGCACAACAACCGCAACUAUCUGCAGCAAAGGGUCACUGAGGUCGUUGGCCGGAACUAUGCAAUCCUCUACCCGAGCCAGUGCGAGUACAGGACGGCGAGGAAGCUACGAUGUUCGCCACUCUACUCGGUGCUGGAGAGUCGAGGCGCCGUCUUCGGAGUGCGUAUGGGCUACGAGCGACCGCUCUACUUCGACUCCACCUACAAACGUGGUGAUCCUCCCCCCACCAUGCCGCCAGGUACUUAUUAUAAGCCCAAGUUCUUCGACUUUAUGCUAGCCGAGUUCCAUGCUUGCCGUGAGCAAGUAGGUAUUCUUGACAUGUCAUCCUUCUCCAAGAUCGAAAUAAAGCCAGGAAAAUUGAGUGAAGUUUCUGGAAAAGAAGAUAUUUGUAACGGAUGCCAAGGAAGGUAUUCGUGGGACAGCCUGGAGGAAGGAGACCUGUUGGAAGACCAAGAAAGCGAUGGGAGGAUAGAUUACUUCAUGGUAUCUCCAACCAGCCAACAGACUCGUGUGUUCGAGUGGAUGCGCAAAAAUCUGCCGAAAAACAGCUCAAUCGUGUUGAAGGACGUGACCUCCAUGUACACAGUGAUCAAUGUGGUCGGACCCAAGGCCAAGCCACUCAUGGCCGAACUCUCCAACUCCGACAUCAAUCUGCUGCCUUUCACUUACAAGGUUGGCAAAGACUACGGAGCAAGGGAUGUGGGAUGCCUGACUCAGCGUUUUAUGCGAAUUGAGAAGUUCAUUCCCUUUUGGGCCGAAGAUCUGACCAGCAUUACGACCCCCUUCGAGGCCGGAGCUGGGCAUAGGGUCAAGCUCGACAAAGAGUAUUUCAUAGGUAAGUUUGCGCUGCAACGGCAGAAGGAGCGAGGCGUGGAGAAGAGACUGACGAUGUUUGUGUUGGAGAACAUCAACGCUGACACGGACAUCUGGCCCUGGGGCAACGAGCCUAUCUACCGCAACGACCAGUUUGUCGGCACAGUAACUUCUGCUGGGUUCGGCUUCACACUGAACAAGCUGGUGUGCCUGGGAUAUGUGCGGAGGGGGGGUAGCAGUGGGGCCCGGGGGGGACAGGGCCAAGUGGUGGGGGCUGACUACAUCAUGGCGCGAGAUGCGCGCUACACGGUGGACAUAGCGGGGCGAAGGGUGGACGCCACGCCCCAUCUGUUUGCCCCGCCCCAACUGUUUGCCCCGCCCCACCACGGCGCCACGGCCACGCCCAUAGAUCCUACCAAGGGCGCCAGCCAAUAUCGCCCCACCGUUGUCACCAGUCUCAAGGCCUAACCUAACCUUAUCUUACCUCUAUACAGUAGCUAUGAAAUAACAGGGCCUAAGAGGAAGUGCCACAAUACUUAAGCUUCAUCUGGUUUGUCCCUAAUGCUUCAAUCUGUAAACUGCCUGAUGUUAUUACAAUACCUUAUUUGUGUGUCAUCAGUGUGAAUGACACAAAAAUAAAAAUAUCAUAUUGAUUCAAAAAAUAGUGAAUAAUGCAUGUGAUUCUACAAGAUAGUUACUUAGGGUGAUGUCACACCAUCAUAACACAAUAAUUUGGUGGAGUGUCUGGUGUGACCUCCAAUGCUAAAGCCAAACCACUUGGUUGGAGCAGUAAUUUUGUCCAUUACCCAUCUCCUAUCAAAUAUUGUUUUCUAUUCCAUGAAUAAAAACAAUGCCUGACUACCUGCCCUCGUCAGAGGCGCUUUAUGGGUGAGUAGAUUAGCAAAUCCUCAUUAAAAUUUUUAACAGUGGUGAUCCUCCAGUGUGCCCCUGAUUUUAUGGUCUAAUUUACUAGAGAUUAAUUGUGUAACAACCAAAACAGUCUCAAACAGCUGUUGAAUGGUGCUGUGCUGGAAUUUGUAAAAAAAUGUGCAAUAGUAUGGUUACAAAAAAUAUCGACUAAAAAUCAG